UCCAGACACAUAUAUUAAUCCUCAACUCUUUGCGUGCUAAUACCCACCAUGGCCGGCCCAGCGCAGAGGACCCUGACUCUCACAGAGGAGCUGGAGAAGCUAGAGCAGUCCAUCACCCUGACGCUACAAGAAAUCGACAGCAAUUUUUCUCGUGCGCACAGAAUCGUCACUACCAGCAUUUUGCCCGUCGUCGAGCAGUAUGCCGAACAAUCUAAGGAUGUCUGGGAAGGAGCCAAAUUCUGGAAACAAUUCUUCGAGUCCAGCGCCAACGUCUCGCUGUCGGGCUACGAAGAACAGCCAAACGAGGAUACAGAGCACGAGCAGACAGUGACAGAAGACUCGACGAAUAUCACCACCACGCACACUGACGACGACGCAUCAUACGAGACGCCUUCGUCCGAGCAUGGCAAUGAAGUAGAUUUCUCGUCCCUCACCAUAUCCCCGUCGCACAGCACACCGCGGGCGACAGCUCACAAGACCCGUGCCAGCGAAUCGCCUUCAUUAAUGGCGUACUCGACGCCAUUCGAUGGCCGCAAUACCACCACCAGCCGCGAAGACGACACCUCCACACUCCCCGAAACUACAGCCACCCCCGUCCGAUCAAAAUACCACCCCUCAGAAACACCCACAUCAUCUCCCUUCCUCCCACCACCCUCCUCCCACAAACCUGACGUAUCAACAGCAAAGCGAACCAAAGACACCACAGACCCGGUCCUCCACCACGUCCUCGACAAAACAUACCGCGUCCAAGCCACGCCACUAUCAAAAGGGUUCAAAUCCACCAAAUUCGCCAUCUCCACACCCAAAGACAAACCCACCUCGCGUUACGCAUUCGACUCCCCACUAUCCAGCCCAGAAUUAGAAGCACCGAAACUGCAUGACGAAAUCUUCUCCUCCCCAAUGAAAGGUCUUUCAACUCCUGGUAGCGCUACCAACCGCGCGAAUCAGCGACGACGUAGGCAGAGUACUGAAAAGAAGACGCCGAAGCCAGGGAUCAGCGUACUCACACCAGCAGCCAAGAGGAUCCCGCGCUCCGGCAAGAGUGGCUGGGAAAGCGACGAAGUCGAUAUUAAUGAGGGGUUUGACGACGACGAUGAUGAUACAGAUGCCUUUGGGAUCAGUCCGCCGAAGACAAUGCAAUUCCAUAUUCCGCAUAGCCGGUUACUGAAAACGCCGGCCAAAGAAGCGUCGAAGCGCAUUGUUGAGGAUCUCCUCGCGACGGCCGGUGGAACUGGGACUACAGCGGACGAUCUGACGGGGGGCUACGAGGUUCCGCACAGAACAGGGGAGGACGAAGAAUAUAGUCCGACGGUUGUUCGAAGUGGUGCUCGUUUGGAAGAUGAUACAUUCUGAUCAAUUGAUAUUGUCCAUGCCG